CCGAGCCAUCCGGUCGUUGCUGUACCGCCGCCGAGCUUUUGCCCACGCAGAGAGUUAUUACGGAUCCCCGUGCAUUUAGCAGCUCUUCCAGCAGUUUAUGUUUCAAAAUUUACAACGCAUGACAAGUGCUUGACGUUCGAUUGAUACACAACAGCCCUCGUGAAAAUAUCAAGAUAUAUUCCCCUCUCCUCCGUUCUUUCCCCGGUGGUUGAAAAAAAUAAAUAAAUAAAUCAAUCUGUGUGAAUUUUGUUAGUGAAUCAGCGACACAGUUUUUGCUACGUGAACGAGAAUAUAUUAUUGUUUUGUGGUUAUUCGCUAUAGAAUACAUCUGUAACAUCGUGAUAUUCUUAGGAAUAUUGUGUGCGCGAGUGUGACAACUGCAAAUUCACAAACGAAGAAAGAGACAAAAACAAAUAUCUCCCCGUUACGAAGAUGUACCGAGCUACCGCCAAGAUGAUCAACGGUCUCCUGAUGCUGGCGAUCUUUGGAUUCGCUUCGAUUCAAGCAUACGUCAGUAAUCCUCUUUUGAUUGAAAUUGAGCCGGACAACCAAGUGGCUGUAAUACUCGGCCAGAGUCAGACGAUUCUGUGCAAAGCGGCUGUGCCAAUACACUUCUGCCGAUUCGUCAUACCAGGCGAACCGACCCUCGUUUUGCGCGAGAAUCUACCGUCUGACAAUGUCAUAAAUUACUACGGCACUGGUUUUGCCAAUGGCCAAUGCGGUAUUAAAAUUUCAUCAAUCCAAGAUAAACAUGAUGGAGAAGUCACCUGCUAUCUGACACCCGAAACUGGUCAAACCGAGAGCUCAAACAAAGUUCGUCUUAUCGUUGCCAAACCACCAUCAUACCCGGUGCUUCGUCUGGACAGGAACAAUGGCGUUUACAAAGCUGGUGGAAAGAUGGAAAUCAGCUGCAUGGCUUAUGAGGGCAGACCUCCUGCGAAUGUAUCUCUGUAUCUCGAUAAUGAACAGAUUGGUUACGAUGAGAGACCAAUGAUCCUUGGACGCACAGUCGAUGUUGCUAACCCGUCCAUGCUGAAUGCAUCUCGAAGCGUCACUCCGGAAGAUAACGGAAAAACUCUUCGCUGCGUUGCCAGUCAUAUCGCACUUGAGGCUCCUAUUGAAACUAGCAAACAAAUCGAAGUAUACUUCAAGCCACAACCUCAACAACCGAUCGAACGUUUCGGUUUCUCUAUUGGCCGUCGUGGUGAAAUCAACGUUACAGUCCAUGCCAACCCUAAACCUGAUUUCAUUUGGAACGUUGGAGACUUGAAAAUUCCUGCUAGCAAAUAUGAUUCAAACAACCGCCUGCAAACAUCUUCUCCUUUUGAUUUGGGACGUGGAUAUUGGAGCGUAGUUUUGACAAUUGACAGCGUGCAGAAGUCAGACUUUGAAAACGUUUACACCUUGGAAGCUAUAAAUGUUGAAGGAAAGCAAAUUUAUAAAAUUCGUUUGUCAUCAUCUUCUGAACCACCUGCAGGAGUCGACAUGGAUGCUGGAUCAAUCAUCGGAAUCGUUCUUGGAGUUCUUGUACUAACCCUUGCUGUAUUCCUGGUUAUAUUUGCUCGUAUGACUGGUCGUUGGUGCUUUACCGCGAGACGCAGAAGUGACGAGGAGGCCGCUGGGGGCGCGGGCGCCGGCAGUGAAGCACACAUCACGCCUGGCAGCGACGAGGACGAUGAGCAAGAUCAGCACAUAAUAAGUGACGAGAAAUUGCCACCAAGCCAGCACGGACAAGAGAAUCCGAUUCAUGCAAGCAACGAAUACGUCAACGGACGCAACGACAUCAUCAAAAAAGAUCUCGAAAAAAAGACUGACACGCCCGUCUAAAUUUGUAAUUGUCGACGAUUCCUUGUUCCGAAUAUCGCUUCAUUUUCCGAUGGUCGUGUCAUUGCCGUUUUUCAUAGUCAAUUUUUUAUAAGUUGAUAAACGAAAUUUACAUAGUUUAUCAAUAAAUUUAAUGACGAACAGAUUUUACUAGUAAGAACACUUGAAAACGGAUCUAAAAUACUCGGAAAUGUGGCAAUUCGAACAUUAUGUAUAGAAAAAUAAAUGUGUAACAUCUAGCCGUGUUCUGGAAAAAAUCGCUCGGCCCCCCGCAGCCAUUUGUCGUUUGUAUUAAAAAUGCUAACGGCUUUAAGAAAAUAACAACUAAAAAAAUUUGAUUUGUGUCCGGGCAAGCUGCGCCGUCCUCUUUCUCUGUGUAUUUUAAAAUAUGGUUGGUUCGGUAUUCUCACCGUCAGCAUGUCAAACGCGAAUCGCCUCUUAAAACUAUCUUAGAACUAAUAGUAUUCAUCUCUUAUCCGUCUCUCUUUAUCUUUUUAUGUUAACUGUACUAUUUUUUAAGCAAAUAUACAUUGUAGAUUGAUCAUUGUGGGGUUGUGAGUGAUUCGCGCACGCUUUGAAUGUUAUAAAAACGCGUUUUUACGUUUUAUAUCAAAAUGAAGUAAGGUCAGGCCAAAUGACUUGCCUAUCUGUUUUUAUUACUCUUAAUAUUUUCUUCAUUUUACAAUGCGAGUGUGGUGGAUUGAUUAUUCGUUUUCAUUUUUCUAUUUUUAUCCGUACACUUUGCGCGUCAGUGUAUUAGUAUGAAAGAAGCACGAGCGUUACUUCGUUAUUUCUACGUGAGUUUGUAUAUAGCUUAAGACAUAGCUUAAAUAAUUAAAUAUAGAACAAUCCUAUAAUACAAAUUUCUAAUAACUGUUAGUAACAUGCAUUCCAGCGCAUUAGUCUAUUGUUAAGCAUGUCGUACAUCUCACUUAUUUAAGAAAAAAGCAUGUAAUCGAAAGAAAAUCUCAUAUAGAUUAUUUAAAAAAGCUAAGAUUUUGAAUUGACCGAUAUUUUAUGAUUAACGUGAGUUAACUAAAAUAUGAAAAUAAGAUACAUUCUACAGAUUAUAUAACAUGCAUCUAUUGUUACACUUACUCUGGGAGUAUUUGCGAUUCUUUUUGAAAAUUUCAAAUGUAUAAUGUUUCAUCGCUUGCAAUUAUCUAAAUAACAAUAUUUAGUAUCAUCAAAUACUCUUUAAUGAAGUAUUGAUGAAACGUUUUUGAAAAUUAUGUUAAAACAUUAUUUUAUGUAUGAAACUAUUGCUUUUUAUGCAAUGACAAUUAAGUUGGUAAUUUUACAGAUGUGUUGUGUGAUUUACUAAUUUAUAUGUAUCAAGUACCACGUAUCAAUAGCUAUGUGCGUGUAUUGUUGAUUUAUUUACUCAUGAAUAAAUGAGAGCAGUUGUUUUAAGUUAUCUGGUUUUAUAAUACGUCAAAGCAUAAAAUUCAUUAAUAAGUAAUUAUUUUUUGGUGAAAUACGAACUGGAAUAACUGCCUUCAUAUGAGAUUGUAAAACUUUUUAAUACUGAAAUUUACUCAUAAUUUAACGUUUGUAAACUUCUUUUUCAAAAAGAAUGAACAAAUAAUGACCAUUUGUAAUAAUAAAGAAAUUUGAGUUUAAAAUA